UGGGCGGGCUCCUGAAGAGCCUCCUGGGAAGGGACCUGGGAGAUGGAGACACAGAUUCUUGAGAAGUUUAUCUUCAUGGUGUAGUAGGAAGCGCAAAGACCUACAUUCAUCUCUCCUACCCUGUUGCCCAAGAAGCUUCCAAGCCCCCUCAGUGUUCAUGCCCAUUCGCAGAAACUGCUUCUCAGGCACCUCAGCUGGAGGCUUGAGUUUUCCCGCAGGAGCAGGAUUGCCCUUGCCAAUACCUGAGUUCUUUCUAAAGAUUAUUUUUUUACAGGGCCAUGCAGUAAGAUGAGGGCCGCUUUUCUAGUCAAACAUUGAACCAACCCCCUUGUGGUCAAAGUGUGACCCUUUUAAGAUCAAACUCACCAUUUUUGUGAUCUCAUGGUCUCCGUGCAGACUGCUUUGGAAUCAUGAGAGAUGAAAUUGCAACAGCAGUUUUUUUUGUCACAAGACUGGUGAAAAAACACGAGAAAUUGAGUGCACAGCAGAUAGAGGUCUUUGCACUGAAGCUGAUGACCAUCUUGUUUGAAAAGUACAGAGGUCACUGGCAUCCCGACUGUCCUUCUAAGGGACAGGCUUUCAGGUGUAUCAGGAUCAACAACAAUGAGAAUAAAGACCCUAUAUUAGAAAGGGCUUGUUCUGAGAGUAAUGUGAAUUUUUUUCACCUGGGACUUCCAAAGGAGAUGACCAUAUGGGUCGAUCCCUUUGAGGUGUGCUGUAGGUACGGUGAGAAAAAGCAUCCUUUUACCAUUGCUUCUUUUAAAGGCAGAUGGGAGAACUGGGAGCUAGCUCAGCACAUCAGCUAUGCAGUUAGCAGGGCCACUGCCGAUUGCUCAUCUGGAACGUCUUCUGAUGAAGAAAGCUGUGGCAGGCAGCCCCAAGUCAUUCCCAAAGUCAACAAUCCCAACAGCAUCUACCAGGUGGAAACCUUCAAGCAGUCCUUCCAGCCGUGGUUGUGCCUCCCUCGUAGAAAGCAUUUGGCAGAUGGUCGUGGGGGCAUCUUGGGGGCGGCUUUCCACCCAGUGCCCAAGAACCCUAAAUGGUGCAGGCCUGCAGGGCGCCGGGUGGACAGGUACCACUGGGUCAACACACAAUUGUACAGUGGUCAGGCAGCACAAAGCAAGCUUGAAGGAGAGGCCUUGUCUUCCCUAAAGCAAAAAUGAGGCCAAAGCCAAGAAAUUCCCCACCAGAAGGAAGAACUCUCUCAGGGAUGGGAGUGCACACAGAUCACCGCUCGACUUUUAGCUAUACUUUUAAUUCUUAUUUAACUUUAUAUAAAUUUUUAUGUAACACUAGUGAAUAUAUGUGUCUUGUAAAGUGAUUGGAGAUAUUGCCUGUAAUAAAAUAAAAUUAAUUAUGGGAAGGAAGAGUUGAAAUAAACGCAUUGUGUUUUUAACAAA